AUGGCUUCUGAAAAGCUAGCCAGCGAUCAUGUCGAACGACAUGACUCAAUCGAACCAGCAGGCCAUGACCUGGAGGGCUUCUCCGAUGUCAAGACUACCGCCGAAGCCCGCUCCGCCAUCCAAAAGGAGCACAACAUGACCGCCAUGCAAGCCCUCAGGCUCUACCCCAAAGCCGUCGCCUGGUCCCUCCUCCUUUCCUGCGCCAUCAUCAUGGAAGGCUACGACGUGGUCCUGAUCGGCUCAUUCUUCGGCUUCCCAGCUUUCAACAUGAAAUACGGCCAUCUCAUGUCCGAUGGCAAAUACGGUCUUUCCGCCGCCUGGCAAACAGGCAUGACCAACGCAAUGAGCGUCGGUCAAAUCCUCGGUCUCUUCAUCAACGGUAUCGUCUCCGAACGCUACGGCUACCGGAAGACCCUAAUGGCCUGUCUCAUGACCACCGUCGGCUUCAUCUUCAUUCUCUUCUUCGCUCCAAACGUCCAGACCCUCGUCGCCGGCGAGUUCCUCAUGGGUAUCCCACUUGGCGUCUACCAGACACUCACAGUCACAUACGCUUCCGAGGUCUGUCCCGUCGCGCUGCGCGCUUACCUGACCACCUACGUCAAUCUCUGCUGGGUCAUUGGCCAGCUCAUUGCCUCGGGUAUCCUGAAGGGUCUCGUUGGACGGACCGAUCAGUGGGGAUACCGCAUUCCCUUCGCCAUCCAGUGGAUGUGGCCGAUCCCCAUUUUCAUUGGAGUGUACCUCGCACCGGAGAGCCCGUGGUGGCUUGUACGAAAGGACCGACGGGAAGACGCCAUCAAGGCCGUGAAGCGUCUCACACGCGCAGACCCCAAUUUCAGCGCCGAGGAAACCGUCUCCAUGAUUGUCUACACGAAUGCGAUGGAGCAGCGUACCGAGAACGGUGCCUCAUAUCUGGACUGCUUCAAGGGGACUGAUCUGCGCCGCACGGAGAUCGCAUGCUGUGUCUGGGCGGUGCAGAGUCUGUGCGGCAGUGGACUGAUGGGCUACUCGACUGUCUUCUACCAGCGUGCUGGACUCGCGGAAUCGCAGUCGUUCACGAUGUCACUUGCGCAGUAUGCGAUUGGAGUUGUUGGUACGUUCUGCUCGUGGCUGUUCAUGACGUACUUCGGUCGUCGCACGCUUUAUGUGGGCGGUUUGGCGGUUCUAGGUUCUAUCCUCUUUAUCAUUGGAUUUAUAUCUAUUCCGCCUGCGACUGAUGCGCUUUCGUGGGCUACUGGAUCCAUGUUGCUUGUUUAUACGUUCAUCUAUGACUCGACUAUCGGACCUGUGUGUUUCUCGCUGGUUUCGGAGAUGCCUUCGUCGAGACUCCGCACUAAGACCGUUGUGUUGGCGAGAAAUACGUAUAACAUCCUCAAUCUAGUGACUGGUAUUAUUAUUCCUUACAUGCUAAAUGUAGAGGCGUGGAAUUGGAAGGGAAAGUCUGGAUUCUUCUGGGGUGGAUUGUGCGUCCUCUGUUUCACUUGGUCGUUCUUCAGACUUCCUGAGCCCAAGGGUCGCUCUUAUGCCGAGUUGGAUGUUCUGUUUGAGAACAAGGUGCGCACAAGAGAGUUCCCAGGUGCCAAGACUGGUUUGGUGCAGAGUGAGCUCGAAGGGGAGAAGGGCUCUGUUUGA